AUGGAGGGCUCGCUUUCCCCGAGGAUGACGAGCGGGGGGGAGGUGAUGGAGGAGCGGCGGAUCUCGCGUAUUGCGGACCUCGUCAUGCCCCGCGCGGGGAUGGAGUUCAAGAUCGGCAAAGAGGCCAAUGGCUCAUCAAACACGCUCGAGUGCGUGAGGCAGAGCGUGGUGGCGCGGGUGCCGGUGCUGGGAUGGCUGCCGCACUACGACUUCAGAAGGGACUUCUUCUACGACUUUGUGGGGGGCGCCACGAUCGCUUUGAUUUGCCUGGUGCAGACGCUGGCCCAUGCGGCCAUCGCCACCACCAAGGUCAUCCAAGGACCGUACUGCGCCUUCGUGCCGCCCUUCGUCUAUGCCAUGCUGGGGACCUCGCCGCACGCCUCCAUCUCCUCAGGUGCCAUUGCAGCCAUUCUGCUGGCAGACCAGCUCCAGUUCUGGCACGACGAGGAGGAGCGCACCGAGUUGGCGUCCCUACUGGCGCUGAUCAGUGGAGGUUGGCUGGUGGCUAUGGGCCUCUGCCAAGCCGCUUACGCCGUGCGCUUCUUGUCCCAGUCCUUGAUCAGCGGCUUCGUGACCGGGGGCUCGGUGCUGAUUCUGGUGGGGCAGAUGCGAAAUCUGCUUGGCCUGAUCAACAUGAGGCAUGCUAUUGGCUUCACGAAUCAGGUGAGCGCAAUCAUCGGUGCCUUGCCCGAGAUCCACGUGCUGGGCACCAUUUGGGGAAUUGCCAUGAUCAUAGUUCUGCAGCUGCUGAUGUGGCUGAAGAAGUACCUGGUGGCCCAGCUGAAGAAGCCGGGGCCCCACCCCGGCUGGAUGCAGCCGGCGAAGGUCGCCUCCGAGAUGAAGGAGCUGGUGCUGGUGUUUAUCAGCAUUCUUUUCGCAUACAGCACCUGCCUGGAAGACGGGGAAACCAGGUUGCCGGUGGUGGGGGACAUUCCGGCCGGCCUGCCCAAGUUCAUGCCCGCCUGGGAUUAUCCCGCCUCCAGGAGCAUGCUGGACACGCAUUUCCGCCUCAAGGAGUUCUGCGUGGGUGGCUUCCUGGUUGCCUUGACCUCCUUCCUCACCACCUACGCCACCUCCAAGAAGCAGGCGCUGCAGCAUGGGUACCACAUCGACGCUAGUCAGGAGAUGUUCGCGCUGGGCAUGGCCGGAGUCUGCGGUUCCUUCUACGGGUCCUUCACCCCGAGCGGGUCCCUGAGCCGCACCUCGCUGGCCUCGGAGGUGGGGGUGAAGACCCAGAUGAGCGGGCUCAUGAAGCUGGUGGUGGUGGGCGGCAGCCUACAGUUCCUCACCCCGGUCUUGUACUACCUCCCCAAGGCCACUCUGGCGGCCAUCAUCCUGCGGUCCACCUGGCAGCUGGUUGACCUUCACACCCCCACCACCCUCUGGAGCUCGUGGAAGCCUUACCACCGGGGCGGCAUGAAGCGGGACUUCAUCGUUUGGUGGAUUGCCUUCCUUCUGACCAUCUUCAAAGGUGUUCUUUGGGGUAUCGGCGUUGCAGUGGGUGUCUCCUUGAUCAUGAUCGUGCACGAUGCGGCGGUUCCGAGGGUGGUGAAGCUGGGCCGCCUGGAGAGCUUGGGCAACAUCUGGCGGGACCAGGAGAUUUGGCCCGAGGGACGCACCUUCCAAGGCAUCAUGGUCAUCGAGUUCCGGGGGCCCUUGUCCUUCGCCAGCGCAGACCACUUCAUGGAAGAGGUGGAGAACAAGCGGCUCUUGGAAGAGGAGGCGGGCAACCACAUUGGGGUGAUUGUGCUACCUUUCGGCAGCGUGCAUGACUUGGACAAGACGGCCAUCGAAAUGCUUCGUGAACUUUUGACAGAGUGGCGCAAGCGCGACAUCUCCUGCAUUGUGGCGGACGCCAAGAGCCGCGUGCGGCUGCUGCUGGAGGAGCACUUCGGCGGGGGCAAAGCGCCACUCCUGAACCAGCAGGCCUUCAUGAUCGGCUUCCUGCCUGCAGUUUGGGCGAUCGAGAACCCCUUGGAAUUCUGA